CCUGCGCGCUGCCCCCCGAGCCAAACACAGCAAACGCCGCCGCCCAGGCCCCCCCGCGGGGCCGGGGCCGGGGGCCAGCAUGGAGCACCUGGGCCCGCACCAUCUCCACCCGGGCCAUGCGGAGCCCAUCAGCUUCGGCAUCGACCAGAUUCUCAACAGUCCGGACCAAGGCGGCUGCAUGGGGCCCGCCUCGCGCCUCCAGGACGGAGAAUACGGCCUUGGCUGUUUGGUUGGAGGCGCCUACGCUUACGGCGGCGGGGGCCCCGCGGCCGGGGCGGGGGCCGGGGGCGCGGGGGCCUAUGGUGCUGGCGGUCCGAGCGGCCCUGGUGGCCCGGCGAGCGGCGGCGGCGGCGGCGCCUGCAGCAUGGGCCCGCUGGCUGGCUCCUACAACGUGAACAUGGCCUUGGCGGGCGGCCCCGGUCCCGGCGGCGGCGGGGGCGGCGGCGGCGGCGGCAGCGGCGGCGGCGGCGGGGGGGCCCUGACCGCUGCGGGAGUGAUCCGGGUGCCGGCGCACAGGCCGCUAGCCGGAGCGGUGGCCCACCCUCAGCCUCUGGCUACUGGCUUGCCCACCGUGCCCUCCGUGCCUGCGGUGCCGGGUGUCAACAACCUCACCGGCCUCACCUUUCCCUGGAUGGAGAGUAACCGCAGAUACACAAAGGACAGGUUCACAGGUCACCCCUAUCAGAACCGGACGCCCCCCAAGAAGAAGAAGCCGCGCACGUCCUUCACGCGCCUGCAGAUCUGCGAGCUGGAAAAGCGCUUCCACCGCCAGAAGUACCUGGCCUCGGCCGAGCGCGCCGCCCUUGCCAAGGCGCUCAAAAUGACCGACGCGCAGGUCAAAACCUGGUUCCAGAACCGGCGGACGAAGUGGAGGCGGCAGACCGCCGAGGAGCGGGAGGCAGAGAGGCAGCAGGCGAACCGCAUCCUCCUGCAGCUGCAGCAAGAGGCCUUCCAGAAGAGUCUGGCGCAGCCCUUGCCCGCCGACCCGCUGUGUGUGCACAACUCUUCGCUCUUCGCCCUGCAAAACCUGCAGCCAUGGUCCGACGACUCCACCAAGAUCACCAGCGUCACGUCGGUGGCUUCAGCCUGCGAGUGAGCCUGCCUGCCCCACCCCACAGGAACCCGGGUCCAGCCAAAGGGUUGCUGAGGCUGAGACCCAGGACUCUCUCCCCCUCCCGCUUCAGACUGCACGCGGGAGGGGAACGCAGUGCCCCUCCGCACUGGCCUGGGCGCUCCUGCCCACCUUGUUUCCUCUUUGAUGGGGGAAGAAAAGAGCGCAGGGACGGGGACCUCUUUCCAGACGCCAAAGUGGUCCCACGCCCUCUGGAACUGUUCAGAGUCCUUUCAGUUUGCGUCUAUUUUAUUUUAUUCUGAUUUUAAAUGUGGGAUUGAGAAGGCAGAGGAGGUGGGGGAAGAAGAGCUCCUGAGGUCCUCAGAGGAGAGCAUGAGCUGUCAUUUGAACUUGCUCUGGGGAGUCCCCCUCUGUAUCCCACUCCCCAUCACACAUGACACCCCAAGGUCCGCCCAAAGGUGACUUCACCGUCCCUCCUGGUGUCACCCACAGUCAAACACAGAGGACCUGUGGCAGAGUGUCAGGCACCCGUGGGGCCAUAGCCUUCACACCCUUAACCCUCACUAUCAGGCAUAAGCUAGGGGCGACCCAGCUUCAUUGUCAACAGCAUGGCACUUCUCACAAACACAAGGCUACGGCCGCACUGUGACACACUAUCCCACACACAACAACGCCACGACCUGCCAGGCCCUCAUCACACGUCCUAGCCGCACCCAGGUACGCACAGGCAGGUUUCACACAAACUCAGCCUCUUUCUCCAGAUCCUGUUCAUAGGGGAGCUUAAGUUAUGCACUUAUAAGGUGUUUUCUGUGUAACCAUUUUAUAAAGUGCUUGUGUAAUUUAUGUGAAAAAAAAAAUAAAUAAAACCUUCCGGAUCCGGA